CGAAGUGCUGACUUUUUCAACAUGGCUGCUGUUGACGUAAUGAGUCAAAUUUAUCCCACACACUUCCAAAAUGUGAUUACAACACUCUCAGACACCAGACAAGUCAACAUACUCUACAAAGCCCGAGAAUCCUGUCUGAUCGUGACAGUUUCAAGAUGUUGAAUCCGGGUUGCCAGCUGAACUUCAGGGCACCAUGGUCAAUGUGACGCCCAGUAUAGACCCAGCGACAGCCCACGAGAGGUACAACUACCUCGCGUUGAUAUGCGGUGUGCCUCUCAUCCUCAUCAUCAUCUUGGGAAAUGUCCUAGUGUGCCUCAGUGUGUUAACCGAACGUUCUCUUAAAACCGCAACUAACUACUUCAUCGUCAGUUUGGCCGUGGCCGACCUUCUUUUGGCUGUGCUGGUCCUCCCGCUCUACGUCUACUCUGAGUUCCUGGGAGGCAUGUGGACCCUGAGUAUGUACAUCUGUGAUGCCCUAAUGACUAUGGACGUGAUGCUCUGCACUGCCUCCAUUUUGAAUCUAUGUGCAAUUAGUGUGGACAGGUACAUUGCAGUGGUGGUCCCUCUGAAAUACAACAGGAACCAGUUUAGUGUUCGUCAGCUAGCCUUGAUCACAGCCACCUGGGUGCUUUCCCUGGGCGUAGCCAGUCCUGUCAUAUUCGGCUUAAACCAGGUGCCCAACAGGGACCCUCAUGUGUGUAAGCUGGAGGACAACCAGUUUGUGGUCUACUCCUCCAUCUGCUCCUUUUUCGUCCCCUGCCCUGUCAUGCUCCUCCUGUACUAUUGGAUGUUCAGGGGACUAAAGCGAUGGAGCUCUGGCCGUAGCCGGUCGCACCUCCACCGCACACCCAGAGGCCGUAGGAGCCUGUCUUUGCGCCUAGGAGCAGCUCUACAGAAGGAGAAGGGACGGGCGAGGGAGAAGGUGGUGUACCUCAUGCCUGCAGGUCUCAGUCCGACAUCUCUCACCGUUACCCCGACUACUCCAGUCUCCCCAGCCAGCCCGGUUACCCUUACCACAGAUGAGCAGGCAGAAGGUCAAACGCCGGCAGCAGAGAGUGACCCCAUGACCACCCAGAUGGACAGUGUUUCGGACGCAGAGAACCCUGAGCAUGCCACUGAGGAUGAGAGCGGACGGGAGAAUGGUGUGGGGAAGAACCAUCGGCCUCAUACUGGACGUCGCCACAGCAAGAGCAACAGGGUGAGCGGACGGGAGCGGAAGGCAAUGAAGGUACUGCCCGUGGUUGUGGGUGUGUUUCUGGCCUGCUGGACUCCUUUCUUCGUGGUCCAUGUGACUAAGGCGCUGUGCGAGUCAUGUGACAUCGGGCCAACGCUGAUCAGUGUAGUCACAUGGCUUGGUUACGUGAACAGCGCCGUCAACCCCAUCAUCUACACUGCCUUCAAUGUGGAGUUCAGGAACGUCUUUCACAAACUGCUCUGCUGUCGCUCCUGAGGCCAAACGCUCUUUAGCACAAGCCUAAAUUCAUGAUGAAUCAUUAAAUAAUUCAGACAAUAAUGAUUUAAAAAAACCUGGAUGAGCUGAGUACACAGUGGUCUCCAAGCAAAGGAAUGAUUUAAGAAAACUGAACAUUACAAAACAAUGGAUUACUGAAAAGACUGACUGCGCAGGAAUGUACCAUUGAGGAAAACUUCUGAUGCCUUAGUUAACUGAACAUUUUCUUGUAAAAUUUUUGCUUGAACACUACAGUAGAUAACAGAAUACUGUUGAAUUCAUAGCCCAGAGGCAUAAAAUAUGUGAAUACGUCCACAUUAAAGAUAACAGUCGUCUGUGUUUGAUAUGUGAUUGGUAUCAGUGUUGAUUUAAUUAUUUUUAAAUGAAUUUUCU